AUGGAGAACGAUCUAAUGAACACUGCGACAUCUAUAGGGUCGGAUUGUUUUGGAGAGAUAGCCAAAAUCUCCGAAUACACCUUUGAGCGAGCUGAUGCUCGACACUGGGCGUCAAGGCGCAUCCGCUUCUUGGUCUAUGAUGACUCCGAUGUCAAACUUGACGAUUUCGACAGUGACGACGAAGAAGCGAAGGAACAAUACGCUUUAGACUUGAGUCUUGGAAAUGUCAAAGCCCGAGACCCAGAAGGAGGUGGCGAGGUUCCAAAUGCAAAGGGAGCCAGUGUCGCUGAACGCUCAGAACAAGCCAACAAAUCCACACAGACUAAAUGCCGCGUUUGCGCAUCAUAUCCCGAGUUCCCGCACAGGUGGAAGCCUAGAAAAUUCCGUCUGGUCAAUCCGGUGGUUGAUCAUCCGGAAUGGUUCAGUGAGGACGGCGUCGGCUCGUGCGACAUAUGCAUACAUUAUGUAGCGGUGUCAUACUGCUGGCCUCCUCGUGGAGAGAACCCGACUCCGAGAACCUACACGGUCCGUGAUCUCAACGGACGCGUCCGCGCCAGUCGCGCUCUCGAUGAUGUUCUAGAUCGUGCUGUGGACUUUGCCAAUUCGUAUGGAUUUCGCAUGAUAUGGAUCGAUCAAGAAUGUCUUCCCCAGCCGACUGAAAAUAGCUCGAAAGAAGACUGGGACGAGCAGGAGCUUGGAAUACAGUCGAUGGAUAUUGUGUACAACAGAGCUGUGGUCACGGCGGGUUUGCUCGACGUCAAAAUCACAUCGCAAGAGCAACUUACAGCUAUCGAGACUCUGUUGUAUCCUGACCAACGGAAGUCAAGUAUGAUAGACCGCCGCUUCUGCGAACAAAUCCUCGACUUCCUUCACAGAGCCAGUCAAGACCGUUGGUACACCCGUGCGUGGGUCGUCCAAGAGGCUAUAUGUUCUGGAGACGGACUGAUGCUGGCUUUCCGGCGCGGUCCAGGUCUUACCUUCCAAUCCAGCUUUCGCUUUGGGCGAGAGGAGGGAUCGGAUCUCCGUCCUUACCAUUCACUCGACGAUGAUCGUGGGAUCUGGGAGUCAGAGCUCAUUUGCAUGCACUUGCGUGGAUUCUGGCGCAUUCUCGACCAGAUGCAAUCUCUGCUUACACGCGACUUCGUUCGUAUGGGAAACUAUCUUGCCCGGUCUGGGCUCGGGUCAGAAGAAGUCUAUCCGGGAGCUCGGUCCGUGCUUGAAGUAGCAGACCGCCUCCAUCCGAGAACCGAGAAGGCAAACACGAUCAAUCAGAUCGUACAGGCUCAUACCGAGGGGUUCUACGGGAAGCGUCCUACGAUCAACGCUGCGGGAGCUCUGACAUUGCUCAGGCAUCGAGAGUGUUACUUCAAUGCUGAUAGACUUGCUAUCAUAGCGAACAUGUGCGAUUACGACUUCCGAUUAGAUACAAGGAAAGUCAACGCCAAUUGCAGUUCACUGCGCCUAGCCAUAUUGGCACUGACGUUGAGUAAUGGCGACCUAUCUUUGCUAGCACCAGAGGCGUAUCUACCUGAGGGCAAUGAGGACCAAGAGGAAACCUACGCUGGAAGUGCAUCGAGCUCGACCCUGUUCCAGAACAUCUUUCUGGAGGCGAAUCGAAUCGAUUACUGUGAAGUUCGCGACUACAUCAACAUACGACUCCAAACAAGCAGACAGGGUAGAUUCACUGCCGAAGGAAUGCUUCUCCAUUCGUAUCUUUGGUCGGUCGAUCGCGAGAUCGACUUUACACCCAUACAGGCGGAGUGGGCCGAUACAUGGGAAUCCUACAAAUGCUGGGUCAUACUUUUUGAACGCCAGAAAGACGAGACCGUGGAACAAGCUCGUGCGCGUCAAGUGGCAUUUAUCCAGCGGUUCAACCAACCAAAUGUAGCCACACAAGCUCGUCAGGAUUUCCGCCGCUGGGGUCAUAUCCCAAACGGAUCAUCUGUAUGGGGAAACCUCGACCAUACCGGCAUACAAGUAAAACGAAGACUCGACGCGAAACGCGUCAAGCAAGUACCCGCGAUGCGCAACACAAUCUCUCAGAUCAUCUUUGGCGUUCUCCAGUAUAUCAGGUACACGCUGGCCGCAUCUGAAGACGAAGGAGACUUAAUGAAGGGUCUGGCCAACAGCGUAUGGCAAUCCGUCCGCACAGAUGGAGUCAGCUUGGAGCACCAAUUACCAGACAAAGUCGACGAUACGCUGUUUGCCCACCCGGACGUUGUGAACCAGCCUUUUGCCACGCUGCAGCUCGACGAGACUCUCGAAGCGAGCCUCGCACAGUUGUGGUUCAUCGACCGCAUCAUGCAGCACGGCCGACUCUGGUGUGGAACCUACACGCCGCCCAAACGACCAGCCCGUCUUACCUCACCACCCGGCUCCCACCCCAACACCACGUACGAAGAAGACCUAGCAGCGCACAACGAACACAUAUCCGCGAUCCCGGCAUCCCAACGCUCAAUCAUAAGCCGUCAACUCGCACGCCAGUUCCUCACCGUCGGCGUCGAGAGCACGCUUGCUAGGAAAGGGAAGCAAGGGAGCACCCGCCACACCAUGGUGACGUUGCCGGAGAUUCUGCGCAGGGAUCUGUGGUCUGAUCGGAAAGAGAGGAUACGACAAAGAAGUCUCAUGGCAGCCUUCGAUGUGGAUGGGCCUUGUCUAGUGGCCACGCCGUAUAAUCCUGAAUGGGAGGUUUUUCCGCGCCCGAAGCUUCGUAGUACUAGUGUGUGCUGGGUCGUUGAAGUGAAAGAAAAUGGAGGCGGUGCUGCAGGAACAUCUGCUGGGACGGAGGACGACUCAUCGGAUGUGGUGGACUCUGAUGUUGCAAGUGCGAUAGAGGACAGGGGGAAGGGGAAGGGGAAGGAAAGAGCAGGCGUUGACUUAGCUGAUGCUGAAACUGACAGAGAGGCUGAUGAUGGAAAGGCUGGGAAGGCCCCCGACAAGCCGCCAAAGCCGCCCUCGCCUCUGCGCAUCGCCAGCCAGCUCACGACCGCCUCGGCCAUCCUCUGGGACCCCAAGUUCACCUCGCGAGCGCCCCCGGGCAGUCUCCAGCCCGUCCACGCCGGCACGCUUGUCGCCCCGCACCGCACCGACUCGUCCAUCAGCGUCCGCAACCUCGGCGACGGCUACACACAGCCCAUCGUGCCUACCAUGGACAACCGCCGACACCCCAGCUCCUUCCAGCAGCUCGAGAAGCUCGGCGAGGGCACCUAUGCCACGGUCUUCAAGGGUAGAAACCGCCAGACGGGCGAACUCGUAGCCCUCAAGGAGAUCCACCUCGACUCGGAGGAAGGCACGCCCUCGACGGCUAUCCGCGAGAUUUCCCUCAUGAAGGAACUACGCCACGAGAACAUCGUCCUGCUGCACGACGUCAUACACACCGAGAACAAGCUUAUGCUCGUCUUUGAAUUCAUGGACAAGGACCUCAAGCGAUACAUGGACUCGCGCGGCGACCGCGGUGCUCUGGACCCCGCCACCAUCAAGUCCUUCAUGUACCAGCUGCUCAAGGGAAUCGCCUUCUGCCACGAAGCCCGCGUCCUCCACCGCGACCUGAAGCCCCAGAACCUCCUGAUCAACAACCGUGGCCAGUUGAAGCUGGCCGAUUUCGGUCUCGCUCGCGCCUUCGGCAUCCCAGUCAACACCUUCUCCAACGAAGUCGUAACCCUGUGGUACCGCGCCCCCGAUGUGCUGCUCGGCAGCCGGACCUACAACACCAGCAUCGAUAUAUGGUCAGCAGGCUGCAUCAUGGCCGAGAUGUACACGGGGCGGCCGCUGUUCCCCGGAACCACCAACGAAGACCAAGUGCAGAAGAUCUUCAGGCUGAUGGGCACACCGUCUGAACGAUCAUGGCCAGGCAUCUCGCAGCUGCCAGAGUACAAGAACAACUUCCCCGUAUACCACACCCAGGACCUGCGCCUUAUAUUGCCGCAAGUCGACCAGGUGGGGCUUAGUCUACUCAACUGCAUGCUGCAGCUGCGGCCAGAGAUGCGCAUAUCUGCUGCUAACGCGCUGUCACAUCCAUGGUUCAACGAUCUCCCACAACGGCAGCAGGAGAUGCAGAUGCAGGCUCAAGCACAGGCACAUGCGCAGGCCCAACAAGCGCAGAUGGGCGGCUACCAGGUGCCUCAAAACGCAUACUAG